AUGGUUGAUAAUCCACCGCCACCAGAAAGACUGUUGGGUGACUACGGAGGUGCAAAUGCACCAGCCGGAAGAUUAACUAUUGUCAACCAACCAGUGAACGUGGCUAAUUUCCAAUUACAUCCGAGUACUAUUAAUCAGCUUGAAAGGAAGCAUUUCACUGGAAAGAUCAAAGAAAAUGAAGUUGUGAGGGAAGAAGUGGUAGCACCGAAACCAGUAGUGAAAGAAAUAGUCAUUGAGCCUAAGUCGGUUGUUAAGCUUCCCUUUCCCACCAGAAACAAGAAAAAGGGACAACAUGAGAAAAACUUUGAAAAAUUCUUAGAGUUGUUCAAGAAGCCUGAGAUUAACAUUCCGCUAUUUGAGGCACUUGAACAAAUGCCUACUUAUUCCAAGUUCAUGAAGGACAUCAUUUUGAAGAAGCGUACCGCCGACACCAACCCGAUUAUUCUAACCAAAACUUGUAGUGCUAUUUUGCAGGGGAUUAAGAUUCCAAUAAAGAAGAAAGAUCGAGGAGUUGUCACCAUCCCUUGUACUAUUGGAGAUAGGUCAUUCAACAAAGCUCUUAUUGAUUUAGGGGCUAGUGUGAGUCUCAUGAUGUUGUCCAUUUACAAGAAGCUUGGUAUAGGGGUUAUGCAAGAUACCAAGAUGACACUCCAAUUCGCCGAUCAUUCUGUCAAGAAACCAUAUGGUAUUGUUGAAGAUGUUCUGGUGAAAAUUGAUAAGUUUGUAUUUCCGGUGGAUUUUGUAAUUCUAGAAAUGCCAGAAGAAGAAGAGAUCCCUCUCAUUCUUGGGAGACCCUUUUUAGAAACGGGAAUGUGCCUGAUCAACAUAGAAGAAGGGACCAUGACAUUAAAGGUUUAUGAUGAGGAAUUGAAGAUCGAUGUUCAAAACACCAUGAGGUACAAGGAUGAUAUUUGUACUAGUCAUACUAUAGAGGUUCUGGAUCAGGUGAUGACAUAUGAUAGUCCUUUGAAUGCACCACCGUCACUGUUGGAAAGAGUGUUGAGUUUGUCCAUUUUCGAUAGUGAUAAAGAAGUGGACAACGGGGAAUCUGAAGUGCUAGCCUUGUUAGACGCACAACCCCCGUGGAAAGGAUCUCGACCACACCGGUGGGAGGACUUACGCCUACCUCAAACUAGGGAGGAGGAUGAAGAGCCAAAUAAAAGAACGGAGUUGAAACAACUUCCUGAGAAUCUUAAAUAUGUCUUUCUCGAUUCUGAAGGAAAAUGUCCUGCUAUCAUAAACUCGAGCCUAAAGAAUAUCCAAGAAGAAAAGCUCAUCCAAGUUCUGAAAAAUACAAAAAUGAUAUUGGAUGGGCAAUUGAGGAUUUGA